AUGGCAUCUAUUCGCGACGACUUGGAGGCGGAUGAUGCCCUGCGUCAGUGCACAGCGCUCUUGCAGAUGCUGAAUUAUGUGGCGGGCGGGCGAGAUGUGAGCGCAAACGUCACAUUCAUGUGCCAGAUCAUCAUCCGGGGGCCAGCAUCGCCAUUGGUGAAGAAGCUGGCAUAUGAUGUGGUGCAUGCCGCGCCGCUAUCGGAUGAGGACUGGUCUCUGGUCAUGGAGGGGCUAAGGUCAGAUAUUGUGGGCACCUUCAGCCUGGAGGUGCAAGUGUUGGCUUUGAGCGCCCUGUCAAGGUUGCCAGUCUACAAACUUACUACUGCACUGCUGGAAGGAGAGCUUGGGACCCGCCUCCUGCCAUGCCUCCAAAGCUCAUCGAAGGAGGUACGAGCGGGGGCGCUGGCGGCUGUGGGCAGCUGGCUGGGAAACACGGCAGCGCUAGAUGCGCUCGGGCAGUCAUCAGCGCUGUGCCUUCAGGCGGCGACGUGGGCGGAGAGCAUUGGGGACGCCUUACUAGACAGCGCACACGCAGUCUGCGCUGCCGCCUUUGCAGCCAUCAGGCGGCUGCUGGGAGCUGAGACGGGUCCUGACAGCGGCAGCGGGGCGCAGCUGCAGCAGCGGCUGGGGCGGCUGGUUUGUGGCCGCGUGCUGGCCUCUCUGCCCGCCGUGCUCAACCGAGCCCGCAUGCUGGCUCCCAGAGAACAGGCUGAUGUGGCUUCUGCACUGGCCGCUAUGCUCCUUUCUGCCGCCAAGUACGACUACGACUUUGGCGCCACCAGCCAGCCUGUAGGAGAGUAUCUGCAGCCGCUGCUGAGCAGCAUAGAGGCGCCGGUGGUGUUUGAGGCGGCAACUGGGAUCCUGGCCUUGGCGGGAGUCUCAGACGGCGCGCUGGCAGCCGUGCCCACUCUGGCCAUGGGAGCCCUGGUGGACCUGUGGGACCACGAAGGCAGCGGCGCUGCACGCUCACAAAUCAUGGACACCCUCACCCAGCACCUGAGCGCCCUGCAGGGGCAGGCGCAGUUUCAGCUGCUGCGGCAGCUGCCGCCAAUGGUGGCGCAGCUGCCGGCGGCUGCUGGCCGGUGUGCGGCGCUGGCGCGCAUCUGGGCUGCGGGCGUAGCCGCUGAUCUGGAGACUCGCCGCGCCGUGCGCACUCGCCAACGCACGCUGCCCAGCACCGAGCUGCGCCAGCUGCUGUCGGACUCCUUCCUCAUGGAGGUCAUUGGUGGCCUGGAGUCCGGCGAGAAGGAUAGCAUCGCACCAGAGGCGCACUACCCGGCCUUCCGGGAGGAGCUCGUGUGCACGCUGAUAGAAACCCUGCUGCAGCACCCCCGCAUCAUGCAGCUUUCACAAGCACCCCUUGCGGCCCCCGCGCCAUCGGCCACCGCUGGAGAGGGGGAUGGGGUGCCAGGGAACGCCUCAGGGACGCCGCCGGGGACCCCUGAACUGGGGGGCGCCCGCGAGGAGCUGGCGGCUGCUGUGCAUGACGUGGCAGCCGCGCAGCGCGCUGCCGAGCUCACUGAGUGGCUGGGCUGCGCCAAAAUUGCUCUGCAGGCACGCAAUCUUGCACCUGGCACGAAGGCGUGUUUGGGUUGGGAGAGGGAGCCGCAGGGGGGCACGUACGCGUGCACAGCCGUCACAGAUGCAUGGCUGGGGCUUCUGCAGGCCGCGUUUGCGUCGGCGCGCGCGCUGCCGAAGCAGGCCGGCACCCCGGCCGGCAGCCGGCGCACAACUGCCGAGCCGGACGCCCGCGUCGGCACUGCCGCUAUCAGCUACGCUGCCGCUCUGCAGGAGCUCCUGGCGCAGCUGCUCCAGCACUGGAAGGCGCUGAGCCCGGCGGUGCAGCCGAGGGCGCUGUGGGUGGUGGCGCACCAUCUGGAGGUGGCCGCCAGCCUGGACGGCACCUGGAUGAACCUGCUGCGCGCGCUGGCCGACGCGCUGGCCGGCAAUGAGGAGCUCGCCAACACUCGCAGGCAUGCCCUGAGCUUCUCCCUGCACCUGAUCGCCCUGUCGCCAUACCAGCGGCGGGCAGCAAGGGCUGCGGCGACCGAGGGGCGGCUGGAGGCGGCGGCCAGCAACAACCCUUUCGCGGCCGGCAAGACAGACGUGGCGCUCUCGGCGACGGCUGACGAGGCCGAGGCGGCCGCGGAGGGUGCCGCUGUGGCGCUGCUUGCUGCCGAGCGCUUUGCUGCUCUUCUGGCCUCCAAUGCUGAGCGCCUGGGGCCCCACGCUGGCCUCAAGGAGAUAGCCGGCAAUCUGUCGAGCCUCCUGCAGGCGGCAAAUGCCGCACCCAAGGCCAGCGCGGACGCGCGUGAGCGGCUGGGGCGAACGAUGGCCCACAUCGGCCCGGUGGCAGCCGCCGUGCUGCCGCCGCCGCCAAUAAAGACGGCAGAAGGCAGCGCGGACGAGAAGCCGAGCAAGGAGGAGGCAGGACCGGCGUCGGUCGUGCCUCUGGACGGCCGCAAACUGCAGCCCUCGCCUGACCAGUACCUCUUGUCAAGGUGCCCGCUGGCAUCUCCCACCAGCGCGAUGCUGCAGGAAACCAAGCGCGGGUCAAGGUACUGGCGAUUACGGUCCGCGGUGCGCGCAGCGGUGACAGAGGCCAGCCCUCGGGACGGCCACUCGCGUGAUCCACCGACCCUGCCCGAACUCAGCAGCAUCCCCAGCAAAUUGGAGGUGUUGCGCCUGGCAACAAGCGUACCGGGCGAGCCAACAUGGCGGGAGCUGACGGCUGCCGGUGACCCGCUGCAGCUGAGGGUGACUCAUCAACUCGACGUGGCCACAUCAGCGCUGACUCUGCAAUUCCAAGCCCGCAACCGCCUCACUGUCGAGAUAAAAAAUGCCGGCAUAAAGUUGGCAUUCGGAGGUCCCAUGGUGCCGGCAAUCAAGCUCCCUCCAGUGCACAAGCUGGCCUCUAUUCCUGCUGGCGAGGCGGUGACGUGGCGGCUGGGCUUCAAAGUGCUCGGCUUCGGCCGCUUGAGCGUCCAAGCAUUCAUCCUGCUCCCUGCCAGGGUUGCCGUCUCGCCAGGAGACGAGCCGAGCCUGCGCUGCCAGCUGUUCACCAUCUCACCCAUGCAGCUGCUGGCUGAGCCGGAAACCACCCCGCCCGAUAUCUUCUUCCAGCAGUGGGCCUCCAUGCCUUCAGAGUGGCAAGCGGUGGGCACUGCGACAAGAUCAGGCGUGGCAGGCGGGCUGGCGAUACUGUCGGCUCUGGAGCGCAGCCGGCUGAACCGCGUCGCGCUGCACGUGCUGCCGGCGCAGGGCGGCUUCCUAGCCGCCUACAGCGGGCGGACAUGGUGGAAGGCUUCUGUGGCGCUGGUGUUGACUGCGCAGCUUCUACCGGCGCCGCCCCCGGCCGUCGCGGCGCUGGCCGACGGGCCCGGCCGGCUCGUGGUGCGCGCCAGCUUCCGCUCGGCUUCCCCGGAGGCCGCCUCCGCCCUCGGCGCUGACCUCCCGGCUACUGCACAAGAACUCUUUGCUGGCACGGUGGCGCUGGGCGUCGCGACGGAGGGCGUACCUGUCGCACCGGCCGACGCGCCGCGCGAGCCACACCCGGCGCUACGGCCGCUUGCUCGACUGUACGCGGGGGCGGUCACGGCGCGCGACGGCGUUCCCGGGGACAAUGGGGGCCUCGUGGAGCUGGAGCCCCUUACGGGCCGCGCCGCGCUCGAGGCGGCUGUGCUGCGGGAGUGGCAGCGCGCGCGCAGCGGCCGGCUGCAGCCCGCGCUGUGA